AUGACCGUCGUCGAUGACUACCAGUCUUCCGACAUUUUAGGAGGAAAGUCUCCCGUCGGUCCUGGCCGGGUCCCCCAGGGCCCUUUUACGAAACGCAACUUCUUUAUCCUCACUCUCGUCGGACUUGUCGGACUCGUUGUAUUUUAUCAGUUUAGGGCGUGGUUUAGGAAGUAUCAGGAGGAGCGAAGGAGACUAGCGUACCGGAGGAGAAAUGGGAUCCCGGACAGCGACCACCGCGCGUUCAACGUCGCCUAUGCCGCCGCACAACGCGCAAAGGAGAAUGGCACGCCGAAGAGGCCGCUGUUUCCGACAUUGAAGGAACCGUCUGAGCCGCGUGUCGCGAAUGGUGGAGAUUUGCGUCAGAGGUCGAACAACGCUGUAUCAAAUCAUGCGUCACAGUCGCUCAUGGCUCCGAUGGGUGGUUAUCCUAAUGGCGGGUUGCAGCCGGCUUGGGAGUCGCGUCCUAGUUUCCCGCAACAACCUAGUCCCCAGAUUCCCGGAUAUCUGCAUGGAUUGUCUUCGACUGAUCUGUCUCAGUACCAAAUGCCGUCGAAAGGAAGGGAAGAAAGUAAGACGGCCUCAGGCGAUUCGCCACCGCAAGCGCCCACAGAUGUUGCAAGCACCUACGUCACGCCCAACGACAGUCCCGCCGACCUCUUCGUCCGCAAGCCGAAACGUUCCGCCAACCCUACCAGUGACGAAAACGAUUCCCCCUCACCAGAGCUCACCCGCCACAAUAAACGCCACCGCAAAGUGUCGAACAAGUACAUCUCGCCGUCCGAACCUGCAGAUGUCGAGAUGGACGACAUAUCCGCAUUGCCACCAUCAUUAGUCGGUCGCGGCAAGAAACGUGAUCGUGCCGAAGCAGGGUCGACAAUGGGCGACGAAGAUGCGGCCGAGCUUGGUGUGGAGCUGCACAGGAGGCGGAGGAGGAAACAUAGGCAAUCCGGUCUUGUCCCAUCUACGCGUGGCCAGAAACGCGAUAGGGCGUCGGAUGUCACGAGCGACGACGAAAGCGAGGGAAACAGGUUGCGUGGAAAGUCCACGCGGAGGAGGCGGGACGAGUCAUCUAGGAAUAGCUCGGAGGACGCUAUGGUUGAGGAUGAGCCCGUGCGGGUUGUCUUGGACCCGGCUUGUAAGGGACGGAAAGUGGGAGACGUUUGGGAGUUGCAUGGGAAGACGUAUAAGGUCGGGCCCACGGGGAGGAGGCUCACGAGAUCGUUCAUCAAGACGGAUGCGCCGGUCUAUAAUAUGCCUGCCGACUCUCACCACCCCGACCGCGAUAUCUCGAGAGAGAUUUUCAUCGAGCAGUGGCUUACGGACGAGGAGUAUAAGGAUGCCAGUGAUCGCCAGGUCCACGCUCACCAGUCUCCUGUGAAGCCUACAAUCAGCACCGAACUCGCCAGGCAAAUCAAGGCUCCCCUCGAGAACGCCGGCAAACAAAUGCUCUGGCAACUAAGCACCCUUCCCUCCGUCUCCUCCCCUCUCAAAUCAUCAUUCGGUUCCCUCCCCGCCUCCCCGCGCCGUUCAAUCCCAGGUACACCACUCCCACCACCUCCCGCCACACCCGGUGCAUUCCGCCGCGUCACUUCAGGCCUCGUGCCCUCUCAAGCGGGCAAAGCCAUCGAAAGCCCGAGAGGGCCGAGGCUGAGUCUGACGAAGAUGCAGAAACAGGAAAGGGAGGCGGCGCUUUAUGGGGAGAUCAAGAGGAAGGAGGAGGAGGCUGCUAGGAAGAAGGCGGAGGAGGAAGAGGCGAAGAGGAAGGCUAUGGCGCCUCCGCCCGUGCCCGCGCCUACGCUCACCCCUGCCGCACCUGCACCGGCACCUGCACCUCAGGCGGCGAGCGGUUCACUCUUUAAUACGCCCGCUGCGCCAGCUAAACCGGCAGAAACACCCGCAUCGACAUCCACACCAGCCGAACCUGCGAAGUCUACAUUCGCCUUCCCAUCAUCCUCUGGAGCCAGCACAAGUCUCUUCAACAAACCGGCCGACAGACCCGCAGACAAGCCCGCGCAACCUGCUGCUACACCCUCAUUCUCAUUCGGCACGACAUCUUCAACGUCAGCAACUGCGCCGGCUGCUGCUCCUGUAGCGGCUUCUUCGAACACUUCAGCUUCGAUCCCCAAUUUCUUUGGGAACAGGGGUCACUCGUCGACUCCUGCUGCUAGCACUCCGGCAGCACCGACUCCGGCACCGGCAGCUGCUCCUGCACCAGAAGCACCUAAACCGCCCGCUCUCUUCAAUUUUGCGGGUGCGGGUGCGGGUGCAACAGCCCCUACUGCUCCGAAACCUGAAGAAGCAAAACCCGCGCAACCGGCGUCUGCGUUUUCGUUCGGUGCUAAGCAGGAUACCGCCUCGCCAUUCGGCGCUAAACCUGCAAGUUCUCCCUUCGGCGCACCGCAAGCUGGAUCGUCCAACGCUGCUGCUCAAGAACCCGCGAAGGAAGCGCCAAAACCGAUGUUCAACUUCGCGAGCACGAAUAAGCCCGCGAGUCCUGCCCCCGGCGCCACACCUGCAGCGGAUGCACCAAAACCCGCACCGACGUUCAGCUUCGGUCAAUCGGCUGCACCCGCGCCCACACCUGCAGCUACUCCUGCUGCCGAACCAGCCGCGCCGAAGCCAGGGCCUGCGUUUUCCUUCGGCGGGAGCGGACAGUCCGCAUUCGGUGGGGGAACCAGUGCGUUCGGGCAGAAUAAGCCGGCAUCUCCUGCGCCUGGUGCUGGCGCGAACAAUGCGUUCGGCGGCGCUAGUGCGUUUGGGCAAACGAAAGCGCCGUCGCCCGCGCCUGCACCUGCUGCUGGUGCUAGCAGUCCCUUUGGAGCAUUCGCAAACAAGCCUGCGGAUGGCUCUGCGAAGCCUGCCUCUCCGUUCGGCAAUGCGGGCGGAGCUGCGGAUAAGGGUAAAGAGGCGGAGAAGCCAGUGUUCAGCUUUGGCGGUGGAGGAGAGGCGAAGGCAAAGGAGGCGGAUAAGCCUGCUGCUGCUUCUCCCUUUGGCUUUGGCGGUGCGGCGAAUGGUGCGAAGAGUGCAUUCGGUACUACUGGUGGCUCCGCGUUUGGUGGUGGCUCUGGAUCUGGAGCGCCGUCACCAUUUGCUUCGUCGUCUACGCCUGCACCUGCAGUUGAUGCUACGGCUGCGAAACCAUCAGCUUUCGCGUUCGGCUCAACGAGCACGGCCCAACCCGGCGCAUCUGACAAACCCGCAACGCAAUCCGCCUUUGGAACGUUUGGCGCGGGGACAAAUCCCAACGCGAACAGCUCGGCGGCGCCCUUUGGUGCUGUAGCUCAGAACGGCGGUGCAUUCGGCUCGUCGGCGUUCGGUGGGAAGACAAGCGCCUUCGCACCAGCUGGUACCACGCCGGGCAAUGCGACUUCGGGAACUUCGUCACCAUUCGGAAUGCCGACGCCCACCGCCGAGAAGCCAGCCAAGUCCGCGUCGUUCUCGUUUGGCAGCACGACGGGCGGCGGUGCGUUCGGCUCCAGCGGGACGGGCGCUUUUGGUGCGAAGCCUGGUGGUGGUGGAUCGUUCUCAUUCGGAAGCACAGCGACAAAUGGGGAGAAGAAGGAUGGUGCUACUGCGCCUGCGCCGACUGCGUUCAGCUUUGGGAGUACGGAGAAGAAGUAG